CUAAUAUUUAUUAAAUGUGUAGUUUUAAAAAAAGUGUUUUUCUUAAGAAGUCAUACCAACAGUAAGUAAUUCGGAUUAUAAUAAUGAUUUUUCAUCAAUUUUGCGUGCUGACAAUAUUCUUUGGGAUAUUUGUUAAUAUCCAAUUUAUCACAUGUUGUUGUUAUAAACCGACACCAGAGAAUUUUGAAGAUGCAGAAGAACUUGAAAUAGCAUGGCAUUUGGAUACUGGGUAUGAACGAUUAACACAAAAUUUACCAACUCGUGUGGGUAUAAAAGAAUUUAAACGUAUCAUGACUAAAGAUGAAAACAAACCAACAACAUUUACACUACACAAUAGGCCACAAAUUAUCUACUACAACCUUUAUUGCAGUAACUUAAGGGACCUUUUACAAUAUAUGAGCCUUAUUGGUUCAUUUGAAAGAAUUCAAAUAUUAAAAGAAAAUGAUAGUGUACUUUUAGAUGAAUCAAUUAUUAAACACAUGCUAGCCCUAAUGCUAAAGACAGAGCUAGCUGCACCUUUAGAUCCUUUAUGGACUAUGUUUAUGUAUGCAUUUUACAUAAGAGAACAAAGGAAUUAUUUGGAUGGUAACUUGGUUAUACAUUUUAAGGAUCUUAUACGAGUUAUAAUAGAAAUUUUAAAAUCACAUGCAGAGAAAGAUUGUGACAUAAAUAUUACCAACGCUAUAAAAACAAAUACAAGUAACACAUUAUUAUACAAAAUUGAAGAAAUAAAAAAUGUUAUGAAUGUUAUGGAUAAAAGAAAUCGGAAGAAUUCCUUUUAUUUGAAUGAUAUAGUAGUAGAAAAUUGGAUUUCAUUUAAUAAAAUUUAUCUUAACGAAGUUAUAAAAAUAAAGAUAUUUUGAAAACUAUAAUAAUGGAUUAUGGAGAACAGAGUCAGAAAGUUUAUAACGAUAUCAUGGUAGAUAUUAAUACUGCAUAUAAAGCUGCAAGGAAUUAUUAUUGGUUUGAUUAUUGGAUUUUAAAAAUAGGAGAUUAUCAAAAAAAAGUUUUUAACAUUUUUAGGAACGUAGCUUUGUAUUUUAUAAGGAAACAUUUAUCGUAUUUAUUGUUUAAUAAAGAUAACAGCAAAACUACAAUUAAUAAUACCUAUAUGUACGAAUUCUUGAUUGAUAAUGAUACAUUAAAUAAUAUAUUUAAAUUUAGAUUGGCAGAUAUCUACGAUACUUUGUUUUUUUUCUCUGAAAAACCAAGUAAAACUAGAUCCCUUGAUGAAAUAAAUAGUGACAUUAUAAAGCGUAUUGAUGAAAAAGUUGAUUUUUACUAUUUUGUCAAAUCAUUUAAUAUGAUCUAUGAAGAUAAUGAAGAUAUUAAAAAAUCACUAAAAGAUAAAGUGGAAACUAACUUCCAAAAGUUUAAAUGUUUUCUAGAAUAUUUAAAUUGGGUAUAUCAGAAAAUCGACAUUAAAAUCGUUCGGUCAUUCAUUGAGUAUUCUACAAAAUUCAUAUAUGUUAAGCCCCCAGGAAAUCAAAAAAAAGAAAUAAAAUACCUCGAAUUUUAAUAUAUAUUUUAAAUAUAGAAAAUUAAUUAUGUUUUUUAUAUGUUCAUUAAAAUUCAUAAUAAUCCAAAUUUUAUUCCAAAUUUCAAAUAUCAAUAAAAUAAAUAAUAUUGAACGAAUGUAUACGUAUAUUUAUUUUAUCAGUAAAAGUUUUAAAAUUUGACAAUAAAGUUUUAAUUUAUCAUCUAUUGAACUAAAGUACUACUAACUCGUCUGGGGAGUGCUAUAUUUAGCCUAUUCAAAUAUUUUAACAUUUUGCAUUGCUAUAACUAUAUUUAUUUCAUUUUAAAAAUUAAAAACUAUAAAAAAUCAUGUAUUUUUUUUUAAUUUUAA